CCAAAUGUUUGUCCCCUCACUAUUAUAUAAACUUCAUGUGUGCUUUAUCGUCAACAGUCGGAUUAUAAUACUGAUGCAGUAAAUACACCAUAAGAUGUCAGAUCAUCCAAACUCAAGCAUGCCAAUGGUUGAAAAGAAUCUCAGUGGGUAUAACCUUCCCGCCGAUUCUUUGUUCGAGAUACAAGCACUACUUAUGCGAAGAUUCCAAGCAAGAUUUUCUGAGGGUUUGAGUCCCGAAGGCAAGCAGGCCAUGAAACAAGCUUUAGAAGAAAUGAACAGCAGAAAUGACGAAAAUGACAAAGUUGUAAUUGAUAACUCUAAAGUUAAACACGUAAGAAUCUCAACCGUAAAACAGGAACAUUCAUCUAUAAGAAAGCAACGGGAAAGUGGCGAGGAGAAGCUUAAAAGGAACACAAGUUUUACAGAAACAUUUGAGAAGAGUAGCACGGAAAGACUCGAAGGUGACAUAACGGAUACGAGCCAAAGCCGUGCUAAUGUAAAGAAGAUGGCUAUUGGCGGUAAGAUUGAGACAGCCAUGGAGACAAUUGAGAUAGUUAAACACGGCGAGGCGGAGAAAGAUAAACAAGAUAUGUCCACUGUCAAUUCGGUGGAAAAGUGUUUGGUUUGGAUGGAAGUGAAUGGUGUAGAAACUUCCAUGGAUUAAGAAACACCAACUGUUUUAGUGCAUAAGGAGUAAAAAAGGAUUAAAUGGAAAUAUAUAAAAUAUUGUUAAUAACAUAUGUUUAAUUAAGUCCGUUGCUAGAUUUGCAUAAUACCAAAUUAUGCUUAUUACCCAUAAUGCAUUCUCUACAAUGCGUUCUCGGUCCUAAAUGUGAACAAUUUAAGACUCGAUUUAAUUUCUUAUCAGUGGACAGCUGAAACUCAAAAGACAGAGAUUCGCUUUUAUCUGAAAGAAGUUCUGUUUUUAUAAAGUGACAUAUUACUGUGUAUUUAU